AUGAUUCCGAUCACCUCCGCCGCCGACAGGUGUGUUAGCAGAGUUCAUGAUGAAUGGUUUGCUGAUGAGGAAAAGGUCCGAGAUGCUGUCGGUUUGUUGGAGAAACCUCUUGUCGAUUUUUCGACUGAUGGAGAACUUACUUGUGGUAUUUGUUUCGAGACUUUCCUAUCUGACAAAUUGCAUGCUGCUGCUUGUGGUCACCCGUUUUGCGAAUCAUGCUGGGAAGGUUAUAUCACCACCGCGAUUAAUGAUGGUCCAGGGUGUCUUAUGUUACGAUGCCCAGAUCCUUCUUGCAAAGCUGCUAUUGGUCAGGAUAUGAUCAAUCUGUUAGCUCCUGAUAAAGAUAGGCACAAGUACACAAGUUAUUUUGUUAGAUCAUACGUUGAAGACAAUAGAAAGACCAAGUGGUGUCCUGCUCCAGGCUGUGACUACGCUGUAAAUUUUGUUGUCGGGAGUGGUAAUUAUGAUGUGAAUUGUCGCUGUUGUUACAGUUUCUGCUGGAAUUGUGCUGAAGAAGCUCACCGUCCUGUAGAUUGUGAGACUGUUUCUAAGUGGGUAUUGAAGAAUAGCGCUGAGUCUGAGAAUAUGAAUUGGAUUUUGGCAAAUUCCAAGCCCUGUCCAAGAUGUAAACGACCAAUAGAGAAAAACCAGGGUUGUAUGCAUAUUACAUGCAACCCACCAUGUAAAUUUGAGUUCUGCUGGCUAUGCCUUGGAGCCUGGACAGAGCACGGUGAGAAGACAGGUGGCUUCUAUGCUUGUAACCGUUACGAAGCAGCUAAGCAAGAUGGCAUUUAUGAUGAGACUGAAAAACGCCGAGAGAUGGCAAAGAACUCCCUUGAGAGAUAUACCCACUACUAUGAAAGAUGGGCGACCAAUCAAUCGUCUAGGCAAAAGGCGCUGGUGGAUCUAAAGAAGAUGCAAACAGAUGAUAUUGAGAAGCUUAGUGACAUACAGUGUCAGCCUGAAUCACAACUGAAGUUCAUUAUAGAAGCGUGGUUACAGAUAAUCGAAUGCAGACGAGUACUAAAAUGGACAUAUGCCUAUGGUUUUUACAUACCUGACCAUGAGCAUGGAAAGAGACAGUUUUUUGAGUACUUGCAAGGCGAAGCUGAGUCGGGCCUUGAACGACUUCAUCAAUGUGCUGAAAAAGAACUGCAAUUGUACUCUAACGCCAAAGGUCCGUCGGAUGAUUUUAAUGAGUUCCGCACAAAACUGGCAGGUUUAACAAGCGUCACCAAGAACUAUUUUGAGAACUUAGUUCGAGCGCUGGAGAACGGUUUACCAGAUGUGAGCUCGCAUGGUGCGUGUAUUCGAAACAAAAGUUCAAAGAGCUUAGGGGGGAAACACAAGGGAGCCAGCAGUUCCGAGUCAGGCCAAUGGGCUUGUGAACGUUGCACUCUUGUAAAUCCGAGAUCGGCCACCAUUUGCCAAGUCUGUGAUCAAGGCCAUUAA